AGUAAAAAACAAUCGACAGUCAGGAUUCCCAAAUCGUCACCGACUUUAGUACUAACUGACCGGCAUUGAGCUUAAGUACCGCUGAGCGAACGGGAAGCGCUGCAUUCUCAAUCCUAUGGUCGAUUGCGGAAGAAAACGCGUGUGCAUGGCCUAUAAUCCUUGAUUUUCAUUUGUCUCUGAAUCUCAGCUUCGCUUUGCCGGCCGCAAAUCCAGCUGAGGAACUUGACGCCCCUGUCGACGUGACCAGUUGUACGGUAUACUCCUCUCGAAGGAUGUAAUGCAGUUGCCAGGGUAUGCCCUUGACACCCUCCCUGAUUACUAGGUACAGUCCAUACCUAUAUCUACUUACCUGGUAGAUAUGCUUCGCCCAAAGACGGCCAUUCAAGUCAGAAGCAGCGGCGUCUCCAGGUUUUGUUUCCCUCACACUCAGGCAACUGUUCGACACCCUAGCUACCCGCAUUUCCAUUCCACGAUUGGCGCCUCAUUCUGAAUCAACAAUCCCUGAAGCCAGCCAAGACACAUCUAAUCCAGGUCUCCGUCCGCAAAGGCGUCGUGCCUUCCUUCAUCCAUGUCCCGUGUCCGGUACUCUCGUAUUUGCUGCCGCAGUUUCCACAGCGGCGCUUCAAGUCUGCUGAGACCAAAUGCACUAAUGCCAAAUACUCAGGAGCUGGUGAGUCAACAAGACACGAAACUGGUCAAGACUGCGAACUACACAGAGAAAGUAAGCCAUGCUAAGGGUCAGGACUACCACGGAUCUGGUAUGUUAUGUUUGAGUCCGGCUGACAUGCGGGCUCGACCCGGCCACCCUUGUGGCUGGGAUCCAAGUGCUCGGGUGUACUAUCUUUUGGCAUUUGUGGCGUCAUGAUACUGGGGUUGCCGAAUGUUAGUGAUACUGCCAGCGGAAAUGGAUAUGAUGGGUGAUCCGGAUCGUCACCAUUGGACAUCCUUGUAACUUCACUACGGGUGGUGGAUCAGGCUGAAUAUAUUUCGAGACGCCCGACCGCUUUGACUGCCUUUCGGUCAUUAUGCUCGUCCAGUUUUGCCCUUGACAUUCUUCUGCAGCUUGCUUCUACGCUCAGCUCGGUAGGUACCGGGCAGCUAUGUUGCACAACCUUGGGCUUUUGGUACCUUGACCUACUUACAUGCUCAGAUUCAGCCGAGCACUUGAAUCUGCUGUCAACGACGUCUUCAUCGAGUUUCUUGUUCAAGUGUGGUCGAGCACAGAAUCUGCUGUCAGCAACAUCUACAUCAAGCUACCUGUUUCCCGUCCACUGUAUACCUCAGAUGCUCGACAAUGACCCGCGUGGUUGGAAUCCCAGAUCUUCUGAACAAUCCCCACCAGGAAACCUCAUCUCAAGCCAUGAACCUGCACAACCUGUUGAAUCCCUUACCCGACCCAAAGAAUGAGUGUGACGAUGAAGGCUACGGCAGGGAAGAACCAGAUCCUGGACCUGAAUCGCCAUCGAGGUCAGCAAAAAGGAGGACGGCUUCUUCCGUCGGUUUGGAAACGCCUCGGAAAAAUUGCAAACCCCAGGUUACUACGGGAUCGGAGCCAGAUCGAUCUCGUGCUACCUCACUUCUCCUCGCCCAAUCAUUUCCAUCGACCGCCAAAGAGACGAAGGUGUGCGACGGCGCCGAAUGCAAUAACAACCGGUCGCAGCUUUCGUUUCCUACUAGUCCGGGUGCAUCGCAAACUGGACAGGACGCAUCCAAUCGUCUGCCACCAAUCUCUUUCCUAGAAAAGCCAGACAAGGUGCAGAUUCCUCCCCUAUCAGGCCAGACCCCUCGAUCUAGAUCUAGCCUUCCGGAGCCACAGACGAUCUAUCAAUUGAUCCUCCCGUCAGACAAAGGCCCUCCGCUUGUCCUGCCCGUGGAGAUUCAGCAUCCUUCCCGGUCACCGUACUCGAUUAAGAAACGCAACGCGUUGGCAUCGGCACGGUACCGAGCUAGGAAGAGACUCAAGGCCGCAGAAGAGGCAAAACUGGCCUGCAACUCUGGAUUUACCUUUGUUUCCGAGGGACAACGACCGGGUUCCGGCAAGCUGAGUGGAGAGCAUGGUGUAAAGACACACAGCAAGCCGGUGCAGACAAAGUGAGGGGAACGGGGACCAGUGUCUUUCUUUGUGUUAUGUUGUCUCGUGUUUACAAGCCCUGGCUGGUCCUGGCUUGAAUACAGCGAUGAGUGUGUACCUUUGCUCGGAGGAAGUUCUGACCUAAAUCGAGAUUCAUAUGUACGAGGGGGGAAAGGGGGACAGGACCCUGGAAACUAACGAGGCGUCUGGUGGCUGUUCUUGUCUAUUUGUUUGUUGUUUCACAUGUUCUGUACUAUCUGUCUCUUCCGCCAAUACCAAAUCGGGCUGAGGUCCCCGUUUUCAUCUUUGUUUGGGCUGUAUCUCGUCGCUCGUUCCGUGCAGCUGGACCAUACCGUUUGGCUUACUAGGGUAGUGGACCAGAAAAACACUCGCAACAAAUCCAGAUUUAAUUCAACACCUGGAAGGGAGAGACAAGGAGACUAAUUUACUCGCUCAAUCGCUGAUGACCAGAACCAACUGACAAACAAUGAAUGACUCGAUUUCCAAACCA